CCUUUUCCCAUAAGGCAAGUUAAACUACAGGUUCCAGAAGCUCUCGCGGUUCUUUCCGUUUGUGCGCCCUAGGUAUUGACCUACAGCAGCAGAAGAUGGCGGCGGCCGCUAGUGUAGGGCAGCAGGUGCGCUUCUUUAGCACCACAGUCAUGAAGCCAACUGCCAAGCUAAUCAAGCCUCCAAUUCAGAUUUAUGGUGUGGAGGGCCGCUAUGCCACAGCUCUCUAUUCAGCUGCCUCAAAGCAGAAGAAGUUAGACCAGGUGGAGAAAGAUUUGGGUCAAGUCUCUACAUUACUGAAGGAUCCUAAGGUGUCUGGGAUAGUAAUGAAUCCUCAUAUCAAACGCAGUGUUAAGCAAAAGAGCAUUGGUGACAUUGUGGCAAAAGAAAAACUAUCUCCUAUCACAGUUAACUUCAUUAACCUGUUAGCAGAGAAUGGUCGCCUGAAUAACACUCAAGAGGUAAUUUCAGCCUUUGCCAAGAUGAUGAGUGCUCAUCGAGGGGAAGUAAUCUGCUCUGUCACUACAGCUCAGCCCCUGGAUGAGGUGAACUUAAAUGAACUGAAAAAUGCUUUGAAUGGCUUCCUGCAGAAAGGUGAAACUUUAAAAUUGGAGACCAAGUCUGACCCAACUAUACUUGGUGGAAUGAUCGUUAGUAUUGGAGAUAAAUAUGUUGACAUGUCAACGAAGACCAAGAUUCAGAAGCUGACCAAAAUCAUGAAGGAGACUUAAUGUUGGUGUUUGUUCAAGUCAUCCUCAGGCCAUAAGAGGGGGCUGGUCAAUUUCUUACUGUAUUCUAGAUGUCUGUAAAAUAAAUGGAGAAAUCCCUGUC